AUGAAGAUUUUGACAAAAAGAUUUAACUUGUAGAAUUAAGAGCUCUAAAUUAUGGAAUAAUUUACUUAAAUUUUAGAAGAUUUAGAUAAUUAAAACAUUUUUGAAUCAUUUACUAUAGCUAAUUCGUUAGAAUAUAUAAAUUAAGUUAGUAUUUUUUCAAAAAAAUACUUUAAAGUAAGAUAUGAUGCUAACUUUAUUGUCUCAGGAUUUAGGAUAAAUUAAUUUACUGCUUUUGAUUUCUAUGAAAUAUUUUUAGACUUCUAUCACAAUUAACAAUUACAAAUGUUAAAGAUUUAGGAAAAAAUAUCAAACAAUAAAAUUUUUUAUUAGAUUUACAAGAUUUUUCAAUAUUUUUCAAUAUUUUUGGCUAUAGAUAUGUCAAAACGUUAACUUAUUAAGUUAAUUAUAACUAAAAAGGAAAAUUAUUUAUUCAAUCAGCUAAAGAAGAGAGAAAUUUUGAAGUCUCUUGGGAAGAUUCAUAUUUCAGUGAUAAUUAAGAUGAUUUUGAAUACUAAACAUUAUUAAGAAAAUGCAUGCUAAUUAAUAUUAAAGGCAGUAUAUAUUCUUUCAAUCAUAAAUCCAUCUGGCCUCACAGACAAGAGCAAGGGUUGA